AUGUCUUUACAAAAUGGAUCAGACGAUGACCACCAUGAUGAGGAGAGGGGCGACCCUGUAUCCGGCGCGGCAAACACGGAUGAAGAAGCCCACCUGUUAGGAAGGGAAGAGUUGGAUUUUGAGGAUUAUAUGCCACCUACGCGUGCCAGUCGACACACAUUCUUGAGUUUCUUGCGCAGUCCAGAGCCGCCUCGCGUCCAAUCCAUACAGCCGAUCUUCCCGUCGGUUCAAGCGCGCCCAGUACAGUGGCUUGAAGCAUACAGGCUCAACAACCCUAUUUCGCUCGCUGUCGUGCUGCUCGUGUGGCUCCUGGUUUUCAUAUGGUUUCUGACUGCCCAAUUACCGCUUCGAGAUGGGGACGGCAACAGUGUGCUCAACCUCGACUGCACAGAUACACUCUGGAAACGAAAGAACGAAUGCGGUAUCGACGGAAUCAAUUGCCGGCCCUUCAGCGACUAUUCUCUCGCCUUCCAGUGUCCAGCAAAGUGUGGAGGUGUGCAGAUCCUGAAUCCGCACGUUGUUGGGCCGCUUGAAGUAAAUUAUCGGCCUCUUGUCAUCGGCACAGAAGUUUAUCGUGGAGAUAGUUUCAUCUGUGGCUCAGCGAUCCAUGCUGGGAUCGUAGAUGAUCAGAAAGGUGGUGCUGGUCGUAUAACCCUCGUUGGCAACUAUGACAAUUUUGCCAGUACUAAGCGCCACGGCAUCGAAUCCUUGCCUUUCGAUUCCUACUUUCCGCUAGCUUUUUCUUUGGCUUUCGAUGACAGCUUCCAGGCCAUCUCUGAUCCUCGAUCAGCAUUGCUUCCCAUCUCGAUUCUAUUUACUGCCGUACUUGCUAUAUUCUCCACAUCGCCAAAGAUCUUCUUUCCAAUCUUUACUCUCAUAUUCGCCCAUGUGAGCUUUUUUUCUGAUCCACCAUCGGCAUCGUAUCACAGUACCACUGUACUGCCAGAUCACAUAUCCAUGUUCGCAAAACGACUUUUACCGGCAAUGUUCGUAGCAGUAGUGUUGUACUCUACUGUCAUUAAGCGAACCUUGUCUGGGCUGACUGCUCAGUUUGAGAAAGCAAUCUUCUGGCUUGGUGGAUUCUGGAUUGGGGCGUUAUCAAAUUACACCUUUGAUUGGAUACCUAUAUCGCGACUUACGGCACACGAUCUGGAACAACAACCGGGGGCGAAGAUAGCCUUGGCCGUAAUUAUUGUGGUACUGGCAGUAAUCAUUGUGGGUCAAGUAUACUACUUCUGGCUCGAAGGCCGCCUGCUCCGAUACCUCGGCUUGUACGGAAUUUUCGUUACCAGCAUCUUAAUAUGCUUGGUUAUACCAGGUGUCAAUCUGAGAAUCCACCAUUACAUUCUUGCGAUGCUGUUGCUGCCCGGAACCAGCCUCCAGACACGGCCAUCCUUGCUCUACCAAGGCAUUCUAUUGGGCCUCUUUAUCAAUGGAAUAGCGCGUUGGGACUUUGACUCUGUUCUGCAGACUUCUGCAGCACUUCGCGAUGAUGCAAAGUUCAACUCGGUCGUUCCUAAGAUACUGAAUGCUGUUAUCGAGUCCGAUACCGAGGGGACCGUUGCGACAUUUUCGUAUGAUGUACACCCGAUCGGAGUUAACGGUAUAAGUGUUUUAGUAAACGACGUUGAGCGCGAUCGUACGUUCUACGAAGGUGGGCUUGUUGCGGCUUCCUUCAAAUGGGAUCGGCCAAUUGACAAAAGGGUAAAUGAAUACUUUCGUUGGGCAUAUGUCAUAGACGGGCGAACGCUUGACUAUUCGAGGCCAAUUACAUGGUAUGGUACUGGUACGUGGAGCAAUGGAGGCUCGGUGGAAAAGAAAUGA